CUCCCACCCUCUCGCGUCUUUCUCCGCUUCCCUGUCACUGUUACUCCGGGAGACGUUCACUUUUCACCAACCUUUCUCCAAACAUCUCCAAGCCACUGACUAUAUAUAUUUUGCUAAAAGGUAAAGAAAGGAGGGGGUGGGGGUGGGAGAUGUAACCAAGCCUUGAAAGACUUUGAAACUGGAAAUAUGUGUCUGUUUAUACAACAUAUAAGUAAAUGAGGGAAGAGGAAGAGGCAAGCUAAGCCCCGAGUUACAGUAUUGUGUUCCUGGGAACUGGGGAGACAUCAGCUGAACAAAGCCUUAUCUCAAAAAAAAAAAAAAAAAAAAAAAAAGACUUCUGAGCAAGAUCGAAUCUCUGCCUUGCACUUCCCAGUUUCUGCUCAGUCGUAUUAAGGGAAGGAAAGGCGUUCUACAGGAGCGGAAUCUUAUCUUAACCAUCUUUCUUAUUGAUUCUUCCGCUAUUAGAAAGUGGAGGAAUCAGCCCUUUGAUGCGAUUGUGUUUAUCUCUGCAUCUCUUUUGUUAUUUAUAGAGACCUAGAAGAGGAAAAGAGGCACGAGACUUUUCAACACAUCGUUUAAAAAAAAAAACAACAACGAAUUUCCAGAAAUGUUUGAGAACAAUUAAAAGGAAAAGCCGUUUUUGAUCUAUCAACUAAGUGAACAAUCAUUCAUAUCGUCCACAUCCUGAGAUAUUAUCGUCCCUCGCUGUGGACACCAGCGAGAUGACAGCUGCUUUUUCAUUUUUGAAUGUAAUAAAUAUUUGCUGCUUCUAAUAUAUUUUGGAAUUUCUCCCUGCUAUUCCCUGGGAUUUUAACUCUAAAAGAUUGGAGAAAAGAUUAUCGAAAAGGCUUUUACAAGCCUCCAAAAUGAUGCUGAGUCCAGACCAAGCCGCCGACUCGGACCACCCCAGUUCGGCGCCCUCGGACCCGGAGUCGCUGGGUGGCGCGGACGCCAAGGUGCUGGGCAGCGUGUCGGACCUGGAGCCGGUGGAGGAGGCCGAAGGCGACGGCAAGGGCGGCAGCCGGGCCGCGCUCUACCCGCACCCGCAGCAGCUGAGCCGCGAGGAGAAGCGCCGCCGCCGGCGCGCCACGGCCAAGUACCGCUCGGCCCACGCCACCCGCGAGCGCAUCCGUGUGGAGGCCUUCAACCUGGCCUUCGCCGAGCUCCGCAAACUGCUGCCCACGCUGCCCCCGGACAAGAAGCUGUCCAAGAUCGAGAUCCUGCGCCUGGCCAUCUGCUACAUCUCCUAUCUCAACCACGUCCUGGAUGUGUAGGGCCGGGGUCGCGGCGCGGGGCCGCCUGGCCGGGAGUGGGUGAAACGCGGCCAACCCGGGCGGCCGCCACGGCGAUGGAGGAGGAAGCGGUGGCCCAGCGGGACGGCCGCCGCCACGGCCUUGGACCGGGUAGGAGGCUCGCACCGUGUUCUCUCCUGUCGGCAGGGCGAUUCUGGAAGGCUUCCGACUCCAGAAGGGUGGGGUUGUCUGGCGAGCCCUGGGCCUUGUAGGGAGUAUUGUCCAGGCAAGGCGAACCUCCUGGAGGCACCGAGAUGAGUGGCCUCCAGGCCUCCCCUCCACGUGUUAGGAUCCCUUUAGGGGUUGUUGCUUUAGCUCACUGGAGACUGAGUUCUCCUAUAUUCAUCUCCCACAGAUCUUCAUGUUUUGAAAGAAUGAGGGCAGAAGCUCAGAGUCUGGGCUUCUAACUUUAGACUAUCUGGAUUUUUUCCAACUGACAAAUCACCAAACAUCAUGAGGGGAGGGGAGGGAAUCUCCUCCAGGGCAGAGAUUCAAGACACAGAAAGGUGGAACAGGAAACUUUCUGAUCCUUUGUGAAAAGAAAGAUUAUAUUAGAAUCCAGGUAAAACAGACAAGCCUAGAACAUAUGGUAAGGUUAAAAAGAUACAUUGAGAACAAACAGAUAUUGUGGGAAGAUUUGAGUUUGGUGAGAUUUUUAACCCCAAGGUCUGACGCUAAUGUAGACAGGAAAAUCCAUAUUUAAAUGGAAAAUUUAAUAUCUGAUUGCUUUUUCAGGCAAAGUGCCCCUUUAUAUAUCCAAAAACAUCUAUUUGUGACCUUAAACAUGUGGACCCAUAGGUGCAGUUAGAAAAGACAACCUAUUUUUAUUUAUGUUAGAAGGAGUAGAGUAUUUUUUUCAAGACACUUAUUUUUCAGAGUGGUGAUAAUUUUACUUUGGACACUGUGCCAAUUUAUUUAUAGUCAAGUGUUUACACUUUCUCCUGUGGAAUAAUUAUGUCUAACGUUUUACGUGUUUGUUGAGAUUAUACUGUGGUCUUUCUUUUUGCUCUUAUUAUAUUGCACUUGUAUAACAAAUUUCCCACAUCUCCCUGUUUCUAAACAUAUUUUAUAUAUUAAGAUGUUUGUUCCUGAAAGGUUCUUUUGUUGUGAGAUCAGCAACACUAGCACUUCACUGUUAUAGUUUUUUUUUUUUUAAAGUAAGUGUUGUUAUCCUUAUCUGUAGUUAUGUCUGAAAAGUACUUUGCAAACCGUUUAUAAGGAGAGUAGCUUCUUUGUGUGUGUGUGAUGUUUGUGUGUGGGAUGAUUUUAGGAAAUUAAGUUAUUUUCCUAAAAAAAAAAAAAAAAAGAAUUCAGAACUACUUUCCUCUGUGACAACCAAAAAGAAAAGUCUAUAACCUGAAAAUGUUUCAUGUUCUCAGCUGUGAAACUCUUAAAACAAGGAGUGUAUUUUAGAGACAAGGGAAAAAAAAAACCACAUCUGCUAUCCAAAGAAUUUAGUCUUUUUCAGGGUUUUUUUGUGUCUCUGUUGCUUUAUAUAAUGCAAUAUUUUGUAGUGAAAAUAGAUAUAAUCUGGUUUCUAUCUGACGAGUUUUUCAUAU